AUGGCUAAAAGUUUUCAGUUUUCUCUCCUCCUUCUCCUCUUUCUGGUGAGUGUGAAAUUGCGCAGCGGCACCCUAUUUGACCUCGAAGAUGUUAUUUACCAAAUCCUCCUGCGAAAUUGCUCUUACGAUAAAAGGCUGGCAACUUUUGAUGUCACUGCAGAUAACAAAACCCGAGGUCCCAUUGAAAACCUCGUCAAGUAUCCACCAGUCAAGAUCAAAGUCGGCCCAGUGGUCUACCUCGCCGCCAAAGUACAGUCUUUGAAGCUGUCUGCUGUAUACGUGCAGAUAUUUCACAACAACCAGUCUGGCGAGGAGGGUAAGGCGUACAUAUCGGAGCAAGUAGAACACGAAGACGAGUACUCGUGGACCGUCACCAAGGGGGCUGAUUUCACCGUUAAAGCCAAGUUCAGUAUAAACGUGCCACUAAUUUAUCAGUUCUCGACAGAAUUUUCGACAACACUCAAGACAAGCUCUGGAUCCACCAGGGUGGAAACACGUACUACGCGACAACUGAUUAAACAAGAUAUAAAAAUACCCCCCGGAGCCACUAUCGAAGCCAAGUGGUACGUCAACGAAGCACAAGUGGUGGUGCCAUGGGUAGCCGACAUCUUGAUGGAGGGAUACGUUGCAGCAUUAUUUGAAACGCCCGACAAGAAACUAACAUGGAGGUACUUAAACGUGCGAGAUUUCGAACACGACCACCUAACAAAAUACGGGAAAGGCGUCACGUUUCAGGCAUUGGGGCUGUUCCAAGCGAACGUAGCACAGAGCUACCACCUCUCUACCACCGAGAGAAAAAUAGCGCAGCGCACCACAAGCAUGGCCAAAUAUACUUUUGAGCAAGAAACCUCAUGA